AGAUUGCCAGUGUCAACUCUCAGCUAUCCUCACAUAUCUACAUGUUUAAAAUGAUACCACUUUCCUACCAUUUAUGUAGCAUUUCCAGAUAUCGGUCGAGCCUUUGAGUCUCAUUGAGGUUUCUGCCGAGUGUCUAUCGGAAACAACAUCUCUGUCCUACAAGGAUACUUGGAGAUGGGCAGAAGAGAAAAGGUAGUAGGACACAAUGAGAUGGUAUUACUGCUUAUGACUCUCUCAACAUGUUGGUCUGCUUAUGGACAACCAAUGAUCACUGAUCCAAAUGAAGUGACGGCGUUAGAGGCGAUUCGCCGGAGACUAGAAGAUCCGGUGGGUUAUCUGAGGAAUUGGGAAAAGGAGAAAGACCCAUGCAUUUCGUGGUCUUUUGUGCACUGUGUUCCAAACAAAACUGACGGUUAUCAGCACGUCAACGAAUUGCGUCUGAUGAAUAUAUCCUUAUCUGGUACACUAGCUCCUGAGCUUGGCCAGCUAACACAAAUGGAAAUAUUGAAUUUCAUGUGGAAUAGCAUUAGCGGCAGCAUACCGAAGGAGAUAGGCAACAUUACUGCUCUGAGGCUACUGCUUUUGAGUGGAAAUCAAAUAUCAGGUCCUUUACCAGAAGAGCUUGGUUAUCUUCCUAACUUAACUAAAUUUCAGUUGGACUUAAAUACUAUAUCGGGACCAAUACCAAAAUCGUUCGCGAAAUUGCCAAAAGUUGUGCAUUUCCAUAUGAAUAACAAUUCAAUAAGCGGUCAAAUUCCUCCGGAGCUUUCUGCUUUACCGCUUCAACACUUUCUUCUGGACAACAACAACUUAUCAGGUUACCUUCCGCCAGAGCUUGCACAGAUGCCGAGCUUAAAGAUUCUUCAACUUGACAACAAUAACUUUGAAGGCUCUGUGAUUCCAGCUUCUUACAGCAAUAUGUCCAAACUCUUGAAGCUGAGUCUUAGGAACUGCAACUUGCAAGGAACAGUUCCUGAUCUGAGCACAAUACCAGACCUUCUUUACUUAGACCUUAGCAGAAACCAACUCACGGGAAAUAUACCUUCCAAUAAGCUGUCUGAUAAUAUCACAACCAUCAUUCUGUCUGGAAACAUGCUCAAUGGUUCUAUCCCUUCGAACUUUUCUGCCCUUCCAAGUCUGCAGAAACUGUCACUCAACAAUAAUAGGUUAAGUGGUUUUGUGCCAACUACCAUUUGGGAGAAUAUGACAUUUUCCCCAGACGCAAAACUUAGAUUGAACCUUCAACGUAAUUUACUCUCAGAUAUUUCAGGCAUUCUUGAUCCUCCUCCAAAUGUCGAUAUUAUGCUUUAUGGAAAUCCUGUUUGUGGAAAUGCAAAUGAGCAUCAGAUUAUACGAUUUUGUAAAUCAAAACAUGAAGAUGAAGAGUAUGGAAGCUUGAACAACUCUAUUCCAAGUUGUUCCGCACAGCAGCCUUGCAACAAGGAUUUCGAACAUGUCCCAGCAUUAACGGAUGACUGCAUUUGUGCAGCACCUUUUGGGGUUGGUUUACGUUUAAGAAGCCCCAGCAUUUCAGACUUUCCGCCACAUCGUAGUGAAUUUGAACAGUGGAUAACAAAAAGCGUUAACUUGGAUUAUUAUCAAUUAUUCAUUCAUUCGGUUGCAUGGGAAAUCGGUCCUAGGCUUGGGAUGUUUCUGAAAUUCUACCCUCUACGUACAAAUGAUUCUGGAAUAAAUGAUUUUGGCAAAUUUAAUAACAGCGAGAUAGUACGGAUUGCAAACAAAUUUGCUUUGUUUAAUCUUACUGGAACUGAUAUCUUUGGCCCAUAUGACCUGCUCAAUUUCACUGCCAUGGGGUAUAAUUCUGUCCUUUUCCCCCCGGUGGGGGUAGGGGAAGGGGGAAGCAGAAUCAGCAGAGCCACCUUGGUUGGAAUUAUCUUAGGGUCCCUAUGUGCUGCAGCUGUGAUACUUGCGGCCAUAGCAUUUGUGUUGCUUAAAAUGCGUCGGAGGUUCCAUGUCUCAAAAGAUCAACCAUCCCCAAAAUUUCCAAUGAGAAUAGAAGGUGUUAAGGCAUUCGGUUUUAAGGAAUUAGAGGCAGCAGCAAGCAGCUUUAGCAGCACUACUGAAAUUGGACAAGGAGGGUAUGGAAAGGUCUAUAAAGGCAUUUUAGCAGAGGGCACAAUAGUGGCAAUAAAACGUGCACAUCAAGGCUCAUUGCAGGGGGAAAAAGAGUUCUAUACUGAGAUAGAAUUAUUGUCACGUUUGCAUCAUCGAAAUCUGGUUUCUUUGGUGGGAUACUGUAAUGAAGGAGGUGAACAAAUGUUAGUGUAUGAGUUCAUGCCAAAUGGUUCCCUACAUGAUCUUCUCUCGGCUAGAUAUAGGGUACCUCUGAGUCUUGGAACAAGGCUAUACAUUGCGUUAGGUGCUGCCAGGGGCAUUGUCUACCUCCAUACUGAAGCUGAUCCACCAAUAAUUCAUCGUGAUAUCAAGGCAAAUAACAUACUGUUGGACUCUAAGUUCACCGCAAAAGUCUCUGAUUUUGGAAUCUCAAGGCUAGCACCAUUACCUGAUGCUGAAACGAGUGGACAUGUAUCCACUGUUGUGAAAGGAACUCCAGGCUACCUUGAUCCUGAGUACUUCUUUACUCACAAGUUGACCGAGAAAAGUGAUGUUUACAGCCUUGGUAUUGUGUUUCUGGAGCUUUUAACAGGGAUGCGACCUAUAUCUCAUGGCAGGAACAUCGUCCGAGAGGUGAAUGCAGCAUGUCAAUCAGGGACGAUGGCUUCUGUCAUUGACAGGAGUAUAGGUCCGUAUUCCUCAGAUUGUGUCAAGAAAUUCCUGGAUUUGGCCCUCAGGUGUUCACUGGACGAACAAAAGGACAGGCCUACAAUGCUAGAAGUGGUGAGAGAGUUAGAGAACAUCAAUUAUAUGCUUCCAGCAUUCGACAACAAUAAUACUGCACCCGAUUUAGAUGUUUCCAUAUCUGGAAUGUCAUCGUCAUCACCAACUUCGGCUUAUUCUAGACACACCACCACCAACACCACGACUAUGGAUUUUCAAGGAACUGAGCUUGAGCUUGUGAGUGGUGUUAUUCCCUCCAUCAGGCCUCGUUGAUGCGUCUAAGGACUUGCUACCCUUCUUAUGAAGUAUCAGAGGUUCAGUAUUAAGUCCGAGGUAUGUAAAUAUAUAAGCAGGUUGAAUCAAUUGUGAGAGGAGUAAAAGACCUGUAUAUAAUCAUUAUGCUGUUGUUGUUCCAUUAGACAUGCACUCUGGUUUUUUAUGACAGUAAUAAGUGAUUAUCAAUAGCUUCAACUAAGUGUUUGGAUCAAGAUUUGGAUUAAUUGAGAUUGUUACUGUGGCUACUUUGCA